UCGUAAAGCAACCAUCGAUAGUCCUCCAACGCUGUUGCAAUACAAUUAAAUUUACAUGGUGAAACGUCUCCAAGACAUCUGUCAAUUUUCCAAAAUUCCUCUUCAAUUUCUGAGAGCAUAGCAUGCUGACACCAACAUGGACUCAUUGGUGCUGAAAGUAAUCUCUGGCACAGCCGAGGAAUUCUCCAGAGACAUUGUCACAUUCCAGGAAAAUUAUGGAAAUAGAGUUACGUUUGAAGAACUAAAUAAGGACCAGCUACGAGAGAAAUUAUGGGAGACCCUGUUUCAUUACAUACUUGACAACUCGCAGUCUUCCAUUCAUCGCAGUUGCUUGUUAACUUUACGGAUUCUUAGCCGAGAUAGAACAAAAUUAAAUGAAUUACUCACAGAUGAAAAAAUAAAUGUAAUAUUAGAUAAAGCGGCUCUCAAAGAUGCAGAUGUACAGCAACAAAUAUCUUAUUCCGACGUUGUCAUCGAGUCUUUGAAGCUGCUAUGCAAUCUCAUAUUCAAUAGCACAAAAGUGCAGCAAACGCUACCAAGAUCUUGUUUAUCCUGCCUGAUUAAACGCAUGAGGGAAUACAAUGAUGACGUUCCCCAAGAAGUAAUGUUAUUUCACGCGAGAAUUGUAUUUCUAAUCACUGCCUUGAACAGCUCUAUGCAGCAAGUUGUUAAAACAGAACUGAAUGGCGACGAAUGCUUGAUAAAUAUAUUAGAAAACGUAUGUACUCGAUGCGAGCAAGAGCAGAUGAUCAAGGAGGACCACUUAAUGUUGAUCUGCGAAGUGUUGAAAGCACUGUUCAACUUAUACAUGAACUCAGCUGACUCCGAAGAGAAAGAGGAGAAGAACAAACAGUUAGUUAGAAUUUUGUAUAAAUUACUGCUAUUGAAAUGCGAGAAGGAAGAUGAUCUCCAGAGUAAUAUCGCAAACCUACUGACAGUACUACCAUAUGAUUGUUAUUCGACAAUCAUACCUCCUGCGCAAGAUGAACACAAACAAAUAUUCCAAGAGACAGAUAUGAGCGCUGUGGCCAUUUUAAUGAAAUUCCUUGAUAGAAGACUGAACUGCAAGAACGAUCUGAUAGGAAACCUUAGUCCAAUCGUCACUGCAUUCAUCAGACUGGCGAAAUCACAGAGACUGAUACGUAAAUACGCCAGACAGCAAAUUUUGCCUCCUUUGAGGGAUGUGAUGCAACGUCCAGAGGAAGGGACGACAUUGAGAGCGAAACUGUGCAAACUGUUAACUUCUCCUACAACGGAGCUACGAGAUCUAGUUGCAGAAUUCCUUUUCAUACUCUGUAAAGAGAACGUCAGUCGCAUGGUCAAGUACACAGGAUAUGGAAACGCAGCAGGUAUGUUUGCGAAUAAAGGAUUGCUGGGUCCGAAUAAAGGAAAAGCAGUUUAUUCUUCUGAAUCGGAGGACAGUGAAACUGAAGAGUACCUGCAACAUAAGGAACAGAUUAAUCCAGUAACUGGGUGCUUCGAGCAUCCAAAACCUAAUCCUCUAGAAGGUAUGUCCGAGGAACAAAAAGAAUACGAAGCCUUACAGCUUGCAGGCCUCAUCGAUGCAUUGACAAAACAAGGUUUGGUGCAGCCUUGUCGGAUUGGAGAUGAUGGGAAGCCAAAGCCCAUCGAACAUGUUCUCGAGUUACAAGAACAACUGCCAAAACAGCAAUACGGUCGAAGGGACUCUGAUUCUGAUUGAACGCUGCAAACCAAAAAUGAUGAACCGUAUACAUUGUAAAAGCACAAUUUACCAAAUAAACACACUUCCUGUG